UGGGGGGAAAAUAUCAUAAAACGAUCUCUUUUGUCGGUUUUAUAUUUUUAUCGAUUCAUUUUAAAUAACCAACGCAGUUUAUUUACCGAGAAGCUGAGCGCGCGAGGAGUCGGGCUGUUACCGUGGAAACAGCACGAAGUUGUUUUUUUGGUGGUUUAUUUCACGUGACUGAGUAAAUCCAGAUGGUGGCAUCUAAAUCUGACUAAAAAUAUUUUUUUAAUUGUUUUUUUCUUUUUCGUUAUCAAAAAGUAACAACAACAACAACAAAAAUGCAUAUAAAUAAAUAAAUAUAUAAAUGUGUUAUGAGUGCAUAGACUAAACUGAAAAUGUCAUUAUUAUUCCUCUUAUUAUUCUCUUAUUAUUAUUAUUAAUAUUAUUAUUAUGGGAUGGGGCGGUACUUUGUGCACCUGGGCGCUCGAGAAUAGAGCAAAGACUCUAAAGAAGAAGUGAAAUUACUUAAACAACGAGAGAUCACGCGGUUUAUUUUUUGGUGUGAUGUCACAUAAAGCAGGAAACUUUCAGACUUUCAGAUCCAGAGCACGCAUCACACUGGCACUUGUGUGUAUGACAUUUCAAAGGAUACGAACUUUUAUAUUCUUUAAAAACGUUUGUCGAGGUGGUUCCAGUGAUGAAGGCGACCGUCUCCUUUUACACAGCCUACCUGCUGUGUUUGGUGCUCAGCGUGGUGUGUGUGGUGCUGGUCGUCCACUGGAACGUCGCCUACCGUGGCGGCUUCUCUUGGGACGGCAAGAUCACGCAGUUCAACUGGCAUCCCGUGCUCAUGGUGGUAGGCCUGGUGGUGCUGUACGGAAAUGCCGCUGUGGUGUAUCGUGUCCCAUUGACCUGGACUCAGGACAAACUGCCAUGGAAGAUUCUCCAUGCCUGCCUCCUCCUCCUCGCGCUGAUCUUCACCAUCGUGGGCUUGUGUGCCGUGUUCGACUACCACAACACCAAUAAUACACCGAACUUAUACUCGCUGCACAGCUGGGUGGGAAUCUUCACCAGCGCCUUGUUCGCUGCUCAGUGGGUAGCCGGAUUCGGAGCGUUCCUCAUCCCGUGCUCCCCCUUGCCUCUGCGAGCGUUCAUCAAACCCACUCACGUAUGGAUGGGAGCCAUUCUGCUGGUCCUCAGUGUUGUAUCCUGUAUCUCAGGCAUCAACGAGAAGCUAUUUUUUGCACUAAAAAAGGGAACCAAUGGGACGCUGCCGUACAACGAGCUGCCACCGGAGGCGGUACUUGGCAAUUCGCUUGGUGUCGUCAUCGUGGCUUUGGCACUGGUCGUCCUGAAAAUCCUGUCCAAUCAGACUUGGCAACGUCCCGAGCCAAGGAACGAGGAGGCGGGAUACAGGCAACUGCCAGGAGACGACAGUUGAAGCCUCAAAGCCUUUCUUGGUGCUGCCUGGAUCAGUUUAACACACGUAUACUGAGGUUUAUCUUCUAGGAGCAUUGCUUUUAGCAGUAUUGUUUAUUAUUAUUAUUAUUUUUUUUUUGUAAAUGCACCAGUUGUUUGUUUCAUUUCCGUUUUUUGAUGUCCAGUGCAUCAGAAAAAAAUCAGAGCAUCAAAAUGAAGUGUGCCAGUAUGAUAAAUAGCCUAAAUAAAUAAAUAAAUAAAUAAAUAAAUAUUCAGAGAUCUGUGCUGCAUUAUGAUAUCAUAUAUGUGAAGUGAUGAUGUCAGUAAUAAAUAACAGCAAUAAAAUGUUCAAAUUAAAAUAAAUGAUUUUUUUUAAAUUCA